AUGGCCUUCAACCUCUUCACCACUCUCAAGAUCACUCUCAUCCUCCUCUCCGCCUCCCUCCUCCCCGCCGCCGCAACUAAGUGCUCCCUGUCCGACAUCACCUCCUCCGAUGGCCUCCUCAACUACUCCUCCGUCCACACCUGCCUCUUCCGCGGCGCCGCCGUCCUAUCCGUCCCCUUCCUCGUCCUGGCCCUUCUGCUGCAGUUCUACGUGCUGGUCAAGACCGCUCAGGACCGAUUCUCAGUCGUCGUGACCAAGCUAUCGGCCCGGAUGAACCUGUCGCCGUCGAUGGGGGCGGUGACGCUGCUUGCCCUUGGAAAUGGGGCUCCUGAUGUGUUCGCGUCGGUCGCGGCCGUUAGGGGGGGCCAACCGAGGACCGGGUUCGGGGCGAUCCUGUCCGCUGGGACCUUCGUCUCGGCCCUCGUGGUGGGAUUCGUCGCCAUAUACGCGGCGCCGUUCUCGGUGGAUCCGGCGCCGUUCGUGAGGGACGUGCUAUUCUACCUGACCGCGGCGCUUUUCCUGUUCUACGUCUACCUGAGCGCCGAGAUCUACCUGUGGCAGGCGGUGGGGUUUGUUGGUUUUUACGUUUUCUUCGUUGGGGUUGUGUUCUGGAUGGACUUGGGGUAUGCCGGUGGGGAGAGAAGGAAGAGAUCCGGUGAUGGUGGUGUCGAGUUGCUGGGUUCGGUUGGGGAUUGUGAAGCUGUUGGAUUGGACUGUGAAAAUGGGGGAUUGAGAGAGUUGGAAGUUGAAAGGAGGUCGGAAUUUGGGUUGUGGAAAAUCAUUGAGAAGAUUUCACGAACAUGGCAAGUCCCUGUCACCACACUCUUGAAACUCACAAUCCCCGAAAUCUCACCAACCGAGUGGAGCAGAUUCUACCAGUCGGCCAAUAUUGCCAUUUGCCCGCUCGUAUUUCUCUACUCUUGCAGAUCAUUCAUGCCUUUGGACCACCCGGUUUUCUUCCUCCUCCCGAACACUCACCUUCCUCUGUGGUCGAUCGUCCUCUUCGGGAGCUGCUCGCUAGCUGGCCUCCACUAUGCAAUCGAGCGGGACCCACCGAAAUCCGAACAACUCCCGGUUGUGCUGGCCGCGUUUGCCAUGAGUGUCUUCUGGAUAUCGACCGCUGCCGGUGAGCUACUCGGCUGCCUGGCCGCGCUCGGCGAGCUAUUGGGCCUCCCGCCGGCCUUACUCGGGCUGACAGUGCUUGCAUGGGGGAACUCGUUGGGUGACCUUGUGGCUGAUGUGGCGGUGGCUCGGGCCGGGCAGCCCGCGAUGGCAAUGGCGGGCUGCUUCGCGUGCCCGAUGUUCAAUAUGCUGAUCGGGCUUGGGACGGGCCUGGUGAUGCAGACAGCGGAGGUUUUUCCUGAAGCGUAUAGGCUUCGAUUCCACACGAGCAUUGUGGUGGCGUUUGUGUUUUUGUUGAUGAGCUUGAUGGGGUCGCUGUUGGUCGUGAUUUGGCAUAGGUUCAGGGUGCCGAGGUUCUGGGGGUUCUGCCUUGUGGCGCUCUAUGUCGUGUUCAUGGUUGUCAGCCUCAUCAUUGCUGGAUUCUCUUUAUAG